UCUUGUCUACUCUUUUGGCAUCAGUAACACCCGGUCUUUUCCGGUUCUUUCCAGGCUUCUCAGAUUCCCUUGGUGUUUCCAGGGCCUGCCUUUAGCCUCUGUCUUUUCCACGGCAAUGAUCUUUCCUGUUUUUGCACUCUUUCUUGUCCAACUCUGGGUGGAUGACUACUAAUCUAUAGUGCUGGUCCAAACCCCUGUUCUCUUGUGUCCAAUGGCUAAGGUGUAGGAGUACUUGGCUGUCCCUAAGGCAUUUCAAAGUUAACCCAUAUGAAAUGGGAACAGACUUUCCCUCUCCAGUCUACUUGUCCCCUUGUGCUUUUAUCAGGCAUCAGCUUCUCACCCAAAUGUGACUCUUAGGAGUGUACCUACACUGGCCCAGCGUCGUGUCAGCUGUAGUCUGGCCACAUCUACCUUCUCAGUGUGGUUUUCAGUGGGUUCCUUCUCGGCCGACCUUCGUCACGUCUGGCUUGAGAUUGCUUUUGACCUGUCUCGGCCUUCUGUGAGGUCUCUCUUGAGUCUUCACUAAGAAUGCACAGACCCCCUCAGUCCCGAUGGUUCACAAGUUAUGAAAUCCUUACUGACUUUUUCUACUUUGCAACUCUGGUAGCUGAGUCUCCCACCUCUGCAAUCUUCCAGCAAUUCUCUUAACCUGUUUCCUUGUAGGGCCAUGCCCCAGUGCCCUUGCACAAGCCUUCCCUAUUUAACAGAUGAAAGGUUCUUUGGGAGGACAGUGUAUAGAAGGCACUGCAUUGUGAUAAAUCAUUUACACAGGCGUUUCCCCCACAGGACACAGGUUCCCUCACGCCAGGGAUCCUGUCUUAUUCACUUCUGGUCAUCGGAGUCUGCUAUGGUGGGAGAGACACGGUAGGUGCCAAGGACACAGAAAUAAUAAAUUGACAGAAAUGCUUCUUUAGUGCACUCUCUUCCUCGGCCUCCACCACCUCAUCCCUCCGGCUUGUGCGCUCCUCCCUCCCGCUCUGUAGGUGGCUGGCUGCCCGCAGGCUGGGCUAGGUGGCUGCCCGCGCGCCUGCGCCCUCUGCCGCUCGGCUCCGCUCGGGGCGCACUCUGGGCGCGUGUGUGUGGAGAGGCUCGGGUGGCAGGCGCGGGCUAGGGGAAGAGUUCAGUCUCAUUCACUGCUUCCGGAGGCCGGAGUGGGCGGCCUCCACCGGCGGCUCCCAACUAUUUCGCACCUGUACAGUCCCCGCCUCUCGCCGCUCAAGUCCGGCGGCCGCAGCCUCGCUAGUUGGCAGCUUCACGCGGAGGGUGUCGCAAGCUCGGGCGGCCGGGCUCCGGCCCCAGGUGGCAGCUGGACGAGAUGCCGUGCGGACCGCGGCACUAGGCGCCCCCACGCUAGGUGCCCCUGCGCUGGGUGCCCCCACGCUGGCCCCGGGGUCCCGGCCGAGAGGCGGUGGGGAUGCGCCCCGGACUCCCAAAGCGUCUGUUGCGAGCAACCGGCGGGAGGCGGACGCCGAGCAGGGCUCCUCGCGGGACUCCGGGGGGCGUGCGGCUGCCGGGCAGUCCCGGGCGCCUCCCCACUGGUGAGGAUGCGCGGCCGCGCGGCUCUGCCCAACCCAGCUCCGCUCCCAAGUGGGCGCGACUGAGGAUUCGGCGUCGGUCCUGGUGCCGGUGGAUGAAGCGUCGGAACACGGGUGUGGGAUCAGAGGGCGAGUCUGAAUGCUAGGAGCAAUGGAUGCACGCCCUGGGCCGCAGCCCGCCAGGGCAGAGCGUCGGGACGCGCGUGCAGCGGCCGGAGCUGGUCCUGAGGAGAGCGAGCUCCGGACCUCCAGGUCCAAGAGUUUCCCGGCCCUGAACAGCGCCUCCUGCGGGCCGGGUCUCAGCUCUGCGGGUGUGCACUGCGAGCCGGCCUUGGGCUGCGCGGAUUCCGCUGGCCUCCCGGAGCUGACGCCAGGUCAGAGCUCGGUCGCCCCCAGCGCCUGUGCCCAGUCCCUGUCGGAGGGGACGGCGGGGCCCGUGGACGGCAGCCCUGGGCUGGACCUCACCCAAGCGCCGCUGGCCGCGCUCCCGGAGGGGAGGCGUCUCCACGUGGUCCUCGCCGAUUCCCGCUGCUUCCUGGUCUGUAUGUGCUUCCUGACCUUCAUCCAGGCGCUGAUGGUCUCUGGGUACCUGAGCAGCGUCAUCACCACCAUUGAGAGGCGAUACAGUCUGAAGAGCUCCGAGUCUGGGCUGCUGGUCAGCUGCUUUGACAUUGGGAACCUGGCCGUGGUGGUGUUCGUCAGCUACUUCGGCGGGCGCGGCCGGCGGCCUCUGUGGCUGGCCACCGGCGGGCUUCUCAUCGCCGUGGGCGCUGUGCUCUUCGCCCUGCCUCAUUUUAUCUCCCCACCCUACCAGAUCCAGGAGGUGACUGCCUCGGCUGCCAACGACGGCCUGUGUCAGAGUGGCAACGUCACGACCCCUUCGGAGCCUCCUCCCUGUCCUAAGGACUCAGGAGGGAACAGUCACUGGGUAUAUGUGGCUUUAUUCAUUUGUGCGCAGAUUCUUAUUGGAAUGGGCUCCACACCUAUUUACACCCUGGGACCAACCUACUUAGACGAUAAUGUUAAGAAAGAGAAUGCAUCCUUGUACCUAGCCAUCAUGUAUGUCAUGGGAGCGCUUGGCCCUGCAGUGGGAUAUUUAUUAGGUGGACUUCUCAUUGGCUUUUAUGUUGAUCCCAGAAAUCCUGUUCACCUUGACCAGAAUGACCCUCGUUUCAUUGGAAACUGGUGGAGUGGAUUCCUCCUUUGUGCCAUUGCAAUGUUUCUUGUGAUAUUCCCAAUGUUUACUUUUCCAAAAAAACUUCCACCUCGUCACAAGAAAAAGAAAAAGAAAAAGUUCUCAGCUGACGCUGUGAGUGACGAUGAUGUCAUGAAGGAGAAAUCAAACACUAGUGAACAAGUGGACAAAAAAGUUUCUUCAAUGGGAUUUGGAAAGAAUGUCAGAGACCUACCAAGAGCAGCUGUCAGGAUCUUAAGCAACAUGACAUUCCUUUUUGUGAGUCUGUCAUACACAGCUGAGAGUGCCAUUGUAACUGCUUUCAUUACCUUCAUUCCCAAGUUCAUCGAGUCACAGUUUGGUAUCCCAGCUUCCAGUGCCAGCAUCUACACUGGUGUUAUUAUUGUCCCCAGUGCUGGUGUUGGCAUUGUCCUGGGAGGCUACAUUAUAAAAAAAUUGAAGCUUGGUGCAAGAGAAUCUGCGAAACUGGCCAUGAUCUGCAGUGGUGUGUCUUUGCUGUGUUUUUCAACUCUGUUCAUUGUUGGAUGUGAAAGUAUUAAUCUAGGAGGCAUAAACAUCCCAUAUACAACAGGACCUUCUCUGACCAUGCCCCACAGGAAUCUGACAGGAAGCUGCAAUGUUAACUGUGGUUGUAAAAUACAUGAGUAUGAGCCAGUGUGCGGAUCGGAUGGGAUUACGUACUUUAACCCUUGUUUGGCUGGCUGCAUGAAUAGUGGCAAUCUGAGCACUGGGAUCCGGAAUUAUACUGAGUGCACCUGCGUCCAGAGCCGUCAAGUGAUCACCCCACCUACCGUGGGCCAGCGCGGCCAGCUCCGCGUGGUUAUAGUGAAAACGUAUCUCAAUGAGAAUGGCUAUGCUGUGUCGGGGAAGUGCAGACGGACCUGCAAUACGCUCAUCCCCUUCUUAGUGUUCCUGUUCAUUGUCACCUUCAUCACGGCGUGUGCCCAGCCGUCAGCCAUCAUAGUCACACUCAGGUCUGUGGCAGAUGAAGAGAGACCUUUUGCACUGGGGAUGCAGUUUGUCUUGCUGCGAACACUUGCAUACAUUCCGACCCCGAUCUACUUUGGAGCAGUGAUUGACACCACCUGCAUGCUCUGGCAACAGGACUGCGGGGUGCAGGGCUCUUGCUGGGAGUACAACGUGACGUCUUUUCGUUUCGUCUACUUCGGUUUGGCAGCCGGCCUGAAGUUUGUCGGCUUUAUUUUCAUCUUCCUGGCGUGGUACUCCAUCAAAUACAAGGAGAACGGAGUGCGGAGGCGGCGGUGCCGGGAGCUCCCGCUCAGCACCGUGAGCGAGCUGGUGCGCCAGCCGGACGCCGCCUCAGAUAAGCAAGCCCGCACUACCUCGUGCCCAGCCUUCAGCACCCCAGGGGGGCUCCCCGAAGACGAAGGCUUGCAGAAAGGGAUCGCUUCCGCAGCACAGACCCACCCCGGGCCCUUCCCAGAAGCAAGCAGUUCCUCGGCGGAGCCAGGAUUGGCAGAGAGCCCUGCUGCGGUGUAGCUGCCUCCCGAAGCUGGGGAAUGACCGUGUUGUUGGUUGAGUUGAACAUGGCGACUUGAGAAACACCUGUGCCUUCUUCUCUUUCUUUUUUAACCUCUACAGAUACAAUCCUCAAUCCAACAAAACUCAGUGUACACAGCCACUGUUGACUCAGGGCUGGAUACCUCAAGGAGACAGGAACCUUUGUCUCCCCUCGGCAAGGAGGAGGUCAGGGAGCUUUUGUCAGGGCUUCCGCUGUAUUAGUUUACUGCUCCCACUGUGGGGCAGGGGAAGGCGGGUCCGUGGUGACCCCGACCCAGACCGGGAGAGGCAGCGGCCCGGGGUGUCAUUAGCAUCCACUGGAGAUUAAGGUGGGCAGCACUGGGACUUCACAUUUGCAAAUCCAAGAUUCUAGAUUUGAACACCUACUGUGAGCUCUGCUACAAAGCACAAAUGAAUUUGCCUCAACUAUGCAAUUUGAUUGGAAAACUGUAAGUGCAGCAUGUUACCUUUGCUUUCAGAGAAUAAAGCAGAUUUGUUUUUGAAAAGAGAAGCUGAACGUUCCCUAAAGUACUGUUAAUAGCAUUUAAGCCAUAGCAGAGUUAUUGAUCAGGUAGAAUUUUUCACGCUUCACAGGAAUUGUACCCAUAGUGUGAUCAAAGGAACGGCUACGUCACUUCAUCAGACAUUCUCUUUAAGUCCGCCUGCCCUGUCAUAAGAGGCUGCUGAAUCAUAAAUCUGAUAGCUUGAAUAUAAACUUCAGUAUUUCAUCAGGGGCUUUAAAACUAGCGUGCUAGACAAUAUGGCUGGGAACUGUAAUUUGAGAUGCAUCAGAAGGAAACUGGACGGCUUUCUCAUCCAAGCAAAUUGGUGUCAAAAUUCCUUUGGCUCAUCAGGACAGUUAAGAAGUAUAACUUUGACAUUCACAGUAGUUGAGAAAGAAAUUCCAGGGGUGAUGUGGAAUCCCACUGGAGCAUUUUACUUAUAUCUUUAAAGCCCUGGAAAUUCUCUUUUGUUUUCUUCCUCUCCUUCCCUUCCUCUUCCUCCUUUUUCAUUUUUAAAUUUAUUUUGGUUCAGAAAAUUGCGGUGGCUACUCUUAAAUAUGAGUAAUUAAGCCAGCGAAGCUUUCCCUGGAAUAUGAAAAUCACCCUGACUACAGGAAGAGGGAGGUCUGCAAGCCAGAUCCAGAGUAAGAUCCUGAGUAAAGAAAAUUAUUUAAAAGAGCCUGGUCUGUCAUACUGAAUUGCUCUGCACUGGAGAUCCAAUCACUUUAUACCCUGUCCUCUUUGGCUCCUGUCCUACAUCCUUUCCACAGCAGUUCUGAGAAAGGAUUUUCCUAUUCCUGACCCCCUUUGUUCCUAGCCUGUCAUUCAUCACAGGAUCUCCCCACGUAUCGCUCUUAUUUAGGCCCCACGCAGGACGAUUCUGCCAGGUGCUGACGGCAGAUGCCACCUAGGGCGCUGAUGAGCAGCGGGAGCGAACUCACAGGUCCCACCCCUGGGGGAGCUGUGUGUGCUUCUACUGAGGAGCCCAUGCCUGUGUAGGGUUAGCCCGAGACAUGGCUUAUGCUUUCCUGUGGGGUAGAGGCGAUGGACACAUGCUCAGACUAUGUGGCUUCCUUCCUUGCUUGGCUGCACAGGUAGAAUUUGGGAAUUCCCAGUCCAGUGCUGUUUUCCUCUCCACUCAGGGUCGACACAGGUCAGAUGGUUGUGUUGUCUGUGCUCCGCUUGUGGAGAGGGUGAUCUUGGCCAGACUGAGUAGCAUCUGCCAUGGGGGAAGCUUGUGGCUCAGGUGGCAAGGGCUCACCCUUGCUUCCUGGGCUUGGUUCCCAGGGAAGUAUGCAGUCUUGCUUAGCUAUGAUUGAGAUUGUGUCAAGCUUUGGUCAGUGUGAAGACUUUAAAGAUUUUCUAGAAAACAUCUCUGAUUAGCCCAGCAUCUGCUCUAGAGACUCCGUGUUCCUCUUGACCCUCUCUGGAUAACUUUGAUCCUUUAGAAGGGAAAAUGUCCUUUAGUGUUGCCACUAAAAAUGAGCAGGAGGAGUAGUCGUUCCUUAAUUUUUUUCCUGAUCAUUAGAAUCCUUCAUGGGAGACUUUUGGUGACAUUGGCAGUGCUUUUGGUGCUAUGAUUGUUGAUGUCACCAGGGGAAAUUAGAGAAACCCUGGCCUUUCUGUUCCUCGAGCAGUCAUCUACUUAGUGACUGAGUGGUACUAGGUACUGUCCAGUACCGAUGUACUGAUUACCAUCUGCUCCUCCAUGAAACCUCUUGGGUUGAUCGCAUUAGAAGUUGGUCUGACGUGUCCCCCUCAAUGUUAGUACUGUCCUUCCUUGUAUGGACUAAUGACAGGUGUGCCGUUGAUGCAUUGUUGGUGAUGUAGAACGAGUAGUAAAAAUCAUGAAGAAAUGAAGUUUUGGAAUAUGUGCCAGUUAAGAAUCAUUCCCAAAAUGUUUUAGGCUGUGGUAGCCUCACUGAAAUAUGACCUAGCCAACUAAGUGACUAUUUCAGGAUGAUAGUAUUUAAUUGUAUAUAUAAGAUCUUACGUGUUUGUUUAUAAACUGGUUAUAAUAUUUUAUAGUCACAGCUCCUAUAGGCAUUCUAAUUGUCACUCUCUGUGUACUUAGGCUUUCAAUUCUUUGCUUUGGUAAAAGGUCAUCUUGUUCCUUUAUCAAUUCUGUAAAUUAAUGUACUGUUUGGGUUUAAUACGUGAAUAUACUAUUCUUGAGUCCAUCCUAUUAAUUUGGAAACUAGCAGGGUAUAGAGUGGGUGGUUGAAAAACAUUGUGUUGGUGGUCUUGGUCCUGGGAAGCUGUCAGGCUGGGCAUGGUGACUCUCACCUGAAGCCCAGCACUCUGGGAG